AUGGAGAAACGGGUUCAUUAUAGCUCCCUUCUCCAAUUGCUGGCCGUACUACUCGGAAUAUCCUCUCUAGCGAUAUGCCAAAGCGUUUGCCCUGCGAGAUGCUCGUGCCACUUCAGCAAACAGCCGAGAACUGUCAUAUGCUCGAGGCAGAGCUUGGAAGAGGUCCCUGAAAAUAUAAGUGACGUAGUGGAGCAAUUAAAUUUAUCGAACAACCUGUUGACGCAUAUCACGAGUGAUAUAAAUCGCCUGACAGAUCUGCAGUACCUGAAUUUAGCGAGGAACAUGUUGAGUUCAUUGCCCGACGACAUUAGCGACUUGAAAAACCUGCGACGAUUGGACUUGACCGGGAACGCGGUGCACGAAAUCGUAGAUAUUAGCUCUGUGAAGCAACUUCCGUCUUUGGUGAUCCUUUACUUGUCCAGAAAUCCGUUGUACAAUUUGGAGGGCUUAAUAAGCCCCAGUCUUGAAGCUUUGGAUGCAAGUCAUUGUGAAAUACGGGAACUUAGUAAUACAUCUCUGGAUGGUCUGCCGGCAUUAACUACACUAAGCUUGGUAGGAAACCCUUUGAAAUUCAUUCAGAAAGCAUGGAGUCCAAAACUACGGUGGCUCGAUAUGUCCGACUGCCUUUUGAAUUACUUAAGUCCCGAUACUUUCAGCGGAUUUCCGGAACUUGAAGAGCUUCGACUGUCCAACAAUCCCACAUUAGUCUACAGCACGAGAAAUUCAACUUUGAGCCAUCCAAACCUGAAGAAACUCGACGUGUCGAAGUGCAAUUUGGAUAGACCUGGGCUCCAUGGAUUUCCGUCGUUGACACAUGCCCGAUUGUCCCGUAACGCGAUCGGUUUACUGCCCGAUUAUAUAUUCACCAAGAAUCGAGAACUCGGCUUUUUAUACUUGAACACGAACGACGUGGAAAGUCUGAACGCCAGCACAUUCGAGGGCUUGGUGAAGCUUCAGGUGUUGGAUCUGUCCGCGAACAAUCUCCGGGAGAUCCACCCGUUGGCGUUCCGCGAGAACAUGGACCUCAAGAUGCUCAACCUGUCUUAUAACAUCCUGUACGAGUUCCCGAAUCUCACGUCAGCGGUCACACUGCUGGACGUGUCGUCGAAUUUAAUUAAAGAACUGAACGUGAACUUCUUGAGGAACAUGCCGAAAAUAAGAAGUAUCAUUUUGAGUGACAAUCGAUUAGAGACGAUAUCGUCUGGAAUCAAGUCGACCUCGUUAAAGAACUUGGAUCUGCGAAGAAAUCGACUGGUGGGAUUGGAAAAUGACACCUUCCUCCGGUUGCCGCAACUUUUAAGGCUCGAUUUAUCAGGGAAUCGUUUGACAGAGGCUAUAGAUCCAGCAAUUUUUCGGAACAAUCCUGACCUAAACAGCAUCAAAUUAGAAGACAACCCUUGGCGUUGCGACUGCAGGGACCUAUACGUUCUGUUUAACUAUCUAACAGAGCCACCUGCCAAAGCGACAGAAUCAAAUUUACUUUGUCAAAGUCCAGCGAACGUGACCGGUUAUUCUUGGGAGAUUGCUUGUUUCGAUACAUGGAACGCGUCUGUGUACUACAACCGCGAUCGGACUUGGGGAUUUAUAAUGAUCACCGUUCUGACGAUUAUCGUAUUAUUCGGAAGCUUCGUCUCCAUCAGACACAUGAUGCGUGUUAAAAGAAGGGCUAUGGAACAAAGACAGCAGCUAGAAUCACUGACACUUUUAAGGCAAAGGAGGUUGCGGACCGUGCACGAGGAAGAACGCCGCGAACACGUAGUAGAACGAGCUCCAGAGCCCAGAAUCAAUCCCUUAGAAUUAAUCGGACCUCCCAGUUACGAGGAGGCAGUGCAAAUGCCAAGGCUGACUCAUUCCCUGGACCAUUUGGAUGAAAUUUCAGUGGAAACGUCCACAAUGCGUAUCAUGGGUUCCGCGGAUAACUUGAGGACAAAACAGAGGCGAACGAGACGCGUGAAAACGAGGAUUCUCAGUGAAGACGAUCUGCUCCGUAGGGAAGAGCGCCGGCAAGAAAACAGAACCGAGUUACCGCAGGCUGCUAGUCAACGAAACUCCAGAGCCAACGCGGCGCGCAGGGCCAGACGGCAAAGCAUGGUGAGCGACUCCGUGGACUCCGGAAGCGGAAGACUACGGGCUAGACCGCAGACGCCGAGCGCAAAGUCGAAAAAACGAAGAUACACGGUUUACGAUGGACAUUUGACGGACGACGAGGAUUCGGAUAUUCAGCAGGUGAAUUUAAGCAGAUCGAUGGUCAUCAGGGAGCUUCGAACGGAACCCAAGAGUGGUUACAGAGAAACUACGGUGGACAUAGAUUCUUAA